CAUGCUAUCUAAAGUAAAAAUUCUUUUAGAUAGGACCGAACCUUCAAAUAGGUUACACGUUCUUGCUCUUGAUCUGGAAACUCAAAGUUAUUUGAGUAUUAAAAUUUCCUCCCCCGAAGAAAUUAUUGAACGUGAUAUUAAACGUAAUUAUAAAGACAUUCUUAAUGCAUACAUGCUAUUUAUGAUUGAUUUUCAAACUGCAUUCAAAGCAGCAAAAAAAUCAAAUAAGCAAUUUCGUAGUAAUUCAAAGUCAUUUAAGAAACCUUUAUUAUUUUGGGGAUCUUCACCAAGCGAAGUCACAGAUGAAUAUAAGAGGAUUUUUCAAAAUUAUAAAAAAUUAAAACCAAAAGUUCGUGAUUUCAUUCCCUUCCGCCCUAAGGAAAAUGCAAAUAAAAAUAACGAUCAACCGGAACUUGAAAAAGGUCAAGAUAAAUCGCUAAACGAUAUAAAUAGUUUAACCCCUCAACCAGAAGCUUUUCAAUCCGACAAUCUCAAAAUUGACCAAAAUAAUUCGCCUAAUGAUUUUCUUCAACAUGAAUUUAUCCGAAACCCUUCUUUUGACUAUUUUGAUUCUGUAUAUAAUGAUGAAAAUUUAGAUCAAGAUAAUUCGUUCAAUAGCGCAAAUGGUCAACCAGAAACUAUUCAUUUUGAAUCUUUCGAAAAUUCAUCAGGUCAAAAUAGUUACAUAGAUUACGUUAAUCUUCAAUUAGAAACUAUUCCUGAAAAUGCAUAUUUAACAAUUAAUAUAGGAGAGAAUGAGAAUUUGUUUUAUUUGGAUCAAGACGAUUCUUCUGACAACACACAUAAUUUGAUUCUUCAGCCACAGUUUAAAAAUUUCGAAGCUACAUUUCAAAACGACAAUUAUACGAAUAAUCUUCUCUUUCCAUCGGAAACUAUUCACUAUCCUUUUGCUGAUUUCGAAAUUGACUAUUAGCGUUACACAACUUCGUAUAGAUUUCUUACACAAUAUAGUAAAGUAAGCAAUAUAUGAAUGAUUCAACAUGCAAUAUGUUUUAAUAUUAUAGCACAAUUUGAAUAUCUAAUAUAUGAAUAAUACGUAUAUGAAUGAUUAAGGUUAGUUAAUAAUGUUAAUAAUCCAAUAAUGAAUUCGUAACAUCGUAAUUCGUAACAUCGUAAUAUUAGAAAAAAAAAAUAAUUCACGAUAUGGAUAAAUAUUUAAGUUAAUUCUUUUUAAGAU